UCUGCUCGGAAGAGUUCUCACGAGAGUGAGCAGAGUAGUGGGAAUAGUGAGGCGCGCGCGGCGGCCGCGGCGGACGCAAGAUGGCGACGGCGACCAUUACUCUCCAGGUGAAUGGCCAGCAAGGAGGGGGGCCCGAGCCAUCGGCAGCGGGAGACAAGUGGAAAGCUCCACAGGGCACAGAUUCCAUCAAAAUGGAAAAUGGGCAGAGCACAGCAGCAAAGCUGGGGCUGCCACCCCUCACACCUGAGCAGCAGGAGGCCCUCCAGAAGGCCAAGAAGUAUGCCAUGGAGCAGAGCAUCAAGAGUGUGUUGGUGAAGCAAACCAUCGCCCACCAGCAGCAGCAGCUCACCAACCUCCAGAUGGCAGCAGUGACAAUGGGCUUUGGAGAUCCUCUCUCACCUUUGCAAUCGAUGGCAGCUCAGAGGCAGAGGGCACUGGCAAUCAUGUGUCGGGUAUAUGUGGGCUCCAUCUACUAUGAGUUGGGAGAAGAUACCAUCCGCCAGGCCUUUGCCCCUUUCGGGCCUAUCAAGAGCAUAGACAUGUCCUGGGACUCAGUCACCAUGAAACACAAGGGUUUUGCCUUUGUGGAAUAUGAGGUGCCAGAAGCAGCCCAGCUGGCCUUGGAGCAGAUGAACUCUGUGAUGCUAGGAGGAAGGAAUAUUAAGGUGGGUAGGCCCAGUAACAUCGGACAGGCCCAGCCCAUCAUUGACCAGCUGGCUGAAGAAGCCAGAGCCUUUAACCGCAUCUACGUGGCCUCAGUGCACCAGGACCUCUCAGAUGAUGACAUCAAGAGUGUGUUUGAGGCCUUCGGCAAGAUCAAGUCAUGUACUUUGGCCCGGGACCCGACCACAGGCAAACACAAGGGCUAUGGCUUCAUCGAAUAUGAAAAGGCCCAGUCAUCUCAGGACGCUGUGUCAUCCAUGAAUCUCUUUGACUUGGGGGGCCAGUACCUUCGGGUAGGCAAGGCAGUUACACCACCUAUGCCCCUGCUUACACCUGCCACCCCUGGGGGCCUUCCACCCGCAGCUGCUGUAGCAGCUGCUGCUGCCACAGCCAAGAUCACUGCUCAGGAAGCAGUGGCUGGUGCAGCUGUGCUGGGUACUCUGGCCACACCUGGGCUGGUGUCACCAGCACUGACUCUGGCCCAGCCACUAGGGGCUUUACCACAAGCUGUCAUGGCAGCCCAGGCCCCUGGAGUUAUCACAGGUGUGACCCCUGCAAGGCCCCCCAUCCCUGUCACCAUUCCUUCUGUGGGGGUGGUGAACCCCAUCCUGGCUAGCCCUCCGACACUAGGCCUCUUGGAGCCCAAGAAGGAGAAGGAAGAGGAGGAAUUGUUCCCUGAGUCUGAGCGGCCAGAGAUGCUAAGUGAGCAGGAGCACAUGAGCAUUUCAGGCAGUAGUGCCCGCCACAUGGUCAUGCAAAAGCUGCUUCGGAAGCAGGAGUCCACAGUGAUGGUUCUACGCAACAUGGUGGACCCCAAAGACAUUGAUGAUGACCUGGAGGGGGAAGUGACAGAGGAGUGUGGCAAGUUUGGGGCUGUCAACCGUGUCAUCAUCUACCAAGAAAAGCAGGGUGAGGAGGAGGACGCUGAAAUUAUAGUCAAGAUCUUUGUGGAGUUCUCCAUGGCCUCAGAGACACACAAGGCUAUUCAGGCCCUCAAUGGGCGUUGGUUUGCUGGCCGAAAGGUGGUGGCUGAGGUCUAUGACCAAGAGCGCUUUGACAAUAGUGAUCUGUCUGCGUGACCUCGGCCCUGCUCCUCCCCAGCCUCUCACAGACUUGAAUUUUCCUCUUGUCUCUCCCCUCCAGUUUGUGUAGAAAGAUAUAUUGGGCUGAAUUCAGCCCCUGCCUGGCCUUUUUGUGUAGUUUGGAUAAAAGUACGGAUGCUGCUGGCCCCUUGUACACACUGUGUGUGAGAUCAUAUGCUUGCCGGCUGUCCCCAACUCUACAUGGACUUUAUCUUUCCAGGGCCUCUUUCUUCCUAGGCUUUGGCAAGAGCUUUCUGGCCCUUUUGGUGCUUUGACGGGCCAUCUAGCCUCACCCUUCGUGUCAGUUUUUUUUAGUUCAGCAAAUGUUUAUUCUGUGCUGGGGGAAGAUAGGAGAAGAUAUGGUCUUCUCCUCAAGGACCCCAUAGCUGGGUUAAAUAAUGCACACACAAUGAAAUAGAAUGAUGCAAAAUAGUAUCUCCAUCCUCUGUUUUCUGCAGAAAGUUAAAGGACUGGACCUAGCCCUACCAGUCCUGUCUGGUUUAAAUAAAAACAUGAAGGGCAUACUUCAAAAUCUUAAGGGGGCAGCAGUUCAGGUCAGUGCAUUUCAAGGCAGGCUUUACAGAGGAAGAGGAUUCAGGUUACAUGAAGUCAGGGUGGGAUUUGGUUACUGGGGGUUGGAAGUAGCGUUCUCAGGGUAGAAACAGGACAGGUAUGGAAAAGGAGGAGCACAAAUCCAUAGAGAAAUUGGCUUCUAGGGGAGCAACUCUUUGGCUAUUAUUACCUACAGCAAGGACCACCUUGCCUUAUCUGGGUCAGUGAAAAGGAAGAAUAGAGGAAGAUUCAUAGAUAGGUGGAAUGAGAAAGGCUCGGCCUCGCCUGACCGUAGCAGUUAAGAAGUGGACACAUUCCCUCCCCCCCCCAAGCUGCUUAUCUCUGACUUCACCCUUCCUUUCCACCUUUUCUAGCGUUGGCUCUUUUACCUGCUCUAUUUCCUCGCCUUCUUUUAUUUUCUAGCUGUCAGACCCUUCAUGAGGGACCUCAGUCCUGCCAUGGGAUAGGCUUAUCCGAUGUGUGUGGCUUUUUCUUCACUUCCUUACUGACUGACUGGCUUGAGGGCAGGAACAUUGGUUUAGAUCCUCAGUGAGCUUCAAAAUAUGGUUCUACUAUGGGCUGACCUGAACUUUUGAAUCAGUCUUCAAGUAAUCCAUGAGUAUCUACUAUGAAAAGGGUAUACUCCUAGGGGUUCAAGGAUUAAAAGUGUAGGCAUAUGCA